AUGGCAGACUGCUGGACUAACGACGAUUCGAGCGAUUUCUACGAUGACAUGUUAGAGUGAUUUAUAAUUUAUUGUAUGCAUGUAAACUUGAAGUGAAUUUCAGACAUGACCAUAAAGAUGAUACGGAUGACAUGGACGAUUUCAUAAUAGAUGCACUGAAACGUGCGAACAUAAACAGCGACGAUGAUGAAAUGGCGGAGAAUGAUUUCAUCGACGACGACGACGAUUUCGAUGUGUCCGCUCGGUACGAUCCAUUGGGGAAGAAAGUGAGAAAAGCAAUGGGCAGCCCGUCAAAGGUUGGUUUGACGCAAGUCACAAAUACUUACACAACCCUUUUUUUCAGAAGAUAGAGCAAGACAAUCGUGUGGCAGAAGAGCGUGAGGCCAACGUCUUCUCCAAAUUCUACGACCAGUCUGAAGUGUCUGGAGCGCUGAAGACCCCCAUGAGGGGAAACGUCGAUAAAGAACCAACGGAACUCGAAAAGUACACCCAUACUCAGGCGUUACGCUUCGCCUCCGAGACGAGUGUUUGGAAGAAAAAGGGGGCGUUGUCGUCUCGGAAAGUUCUGCCACGUCUUCAAAAACGAAUGAUGUUCAAUUUUCCGAACGCAUACGGACACGGCCAAGUCUACGCGUACUAUCGUGUGAUUGCAAGGGAAAAAAACGUCUACACUUUAGUGGCCUGUCAUGUGAACGUGCACGGACUUCACAGAGCCGAUCUUCGUUUUUUGGAAGUGAACGAUCGGACGGAAAUGGAGGGCUACACGCGCAUCAGUGUCAUCGGACAACUCUUCCUCGGCGAUGUUGUAGCCGUCACCGAGCUCGUCUUGAAAUCCAACAUCUUCCAUUCCACUCCGUUUUUCAAAGUGACCCAUGAGUCCCCGUGCACGUGGGCGGUCGCCCGGAUGUCGCUGAUCUCGAGGGAUAUCCGGAAGGAUGUGACGUUUGCGGUGCUCGAGAACGGAACGGCGAUUGUGAAAGGAUACCAGGAAGCGAUGGAGGUUGUGCUGAAGGCGGGAGAACGUCGUCCGCAGUUCGACAAGCUGUACCUGGGCUCGGCGUUUGUGCCAAAGAAGAUUGAAUCAAACUUUGCUGGAGGAUACAACAAUAGUGCGAUAUAUCCGCUCAUGGCCCAGGCCGCAAGGGUUCAUAGCUACCCGAAGCCGUUGGGGACCAUCUUCAACUGUGCUUUCUCGAAGAAUCUCACCCAACAGUUUGAGAUUGGAUGGGACGCUUUCAAGGAAGGUGAGUAUUUGUUGAAAACAUGACUUGGCAACAGCUAGUGGUGUCUAUUUUCAGAAUCCCACUUUCAAGACUCUGGAGACGUGACCCAAACGUGCGCAGUGAUGGGUUAUACCGCCGCGCAAACUGUCUUCAACGGUCGCUUUGACUCGAGAUCAUUCCAAAUGAGGAAUAUCACAAAGAACGGAUUGAUUAUCAAGUUCACCCUGCCCAAUCCAUCGGUCCAACCGACUCUCGGACGUUGGAACUCGAACAAUCGAAUCAAUAUCAAGGGAGGAAAGAUUAAAGGAAAGAAAGGCCUGAAUGCAGUGAUCGAGACGGCGAUUGCCGAGAAAGGACAGCUGCUGAUUGUGGCCAGAAUGUCGAGAGACGCUCCGAAAGACAUCAACUUCAAUCAGACGGAGGACGGAAAGUGGCCGCUUUACAUGGUCUCGCAGCGAGAACUGUUUGGCGCGAAACCUUUGUCCGAUCACUUUUACCGUUUAUUGCUUAAAGAUUCAAACGGAAAAGCGAUCGUGGAGACCCUGUACGGAGGGACCAGCAUUCGUUUGGUUCGGAAGAUUCGUGGAAGAUCACUGGAAAAAUUCAAGUUUUGCGACGUGGUGCUCAACGAUUCGCAGUGCGAAUACGUGCAAAUGGUGUUGGAUCGGAAUCCGAUGGUCAUCGGAAGUUCGCCGUUCGGAUGCGGAAAGUCGAUGACGAUUGUGACCGCCGCGUUGGAGCUGAUGGCACGUGAGAAGGAUCAGGAAUACGGGAAAAAGAAAAAGCACAGCCAACAGCUUCUGGUGACGCAGAGCAACUACGCGAGCGUAAAUUUGGUGCACAUUAUGAGCAAGGCGAAUAAAAUGGAUCCGUCUUUCAAGUUUGUACGCUACGUCUCUGAGAACAACUGGAAAGAGCUACCGGAUGCCUGCCGAACCGAUCACGAUCUUCCGGCGCUCAUGAGAGACGUGUUCACCAAGUGGGCCACUGGAACACUCGACAGUUAUCAAAGUGCGUGCGCGGCGAAGCUCAGUAGAGUAAGAAAAGAGAUGAUUAUGAAGUAUCUCACGUUCGCAAAGCUGGUGGAGCCGACAAAGCUGACUGCGGAAGCAAGUAAGAUCUACGAGAAGACUCUGGGCUGGUCGAAGAAAGCUCGAAUGCCCCCUGCGCCGUUGGAAUCCUUCUUCAUCUUCUUCUGGCCGGAAAUCAUCAUCUCGACCGUAGACUCACUGCCAGGAGUCCUGAAUUCUGGAAUCCUCAAAACAGUGAUCAACGUCCAGGUGGAUGAGGCCAGUCAAGUACCCGAGUACACUCUGCUCAGUCUCUUCAUCACAUUCCCGAAAGCCUGCUUCAGUCUCAUCGGAGACACCCGACAACUGCCGCCCUAUUGCGAGGAUACGUUGACCGGCAAGUUGAAGGAUUACGGUAUCGGAAAUACGAUGGAAAGGGCACUCGAGACAGACAUGUUCCCGAAGACCACGCUGAAGUACGUCUAUCGAUGCCAUCCGGUGAUCACGAACUUGCUCAGUGAGCUAUUUUACGAAGGGGAGCUGAUUUCUGGAGUCUCGACUACGGAGCGAAGCGAAUUUAUCAUGAAACGAUCGGACUUCUGGCCAAAUCCUCGAUACCCAAUCACUGUAAUUGACAACCAGGAAAAAGGAUACAGGAUGGGAACAUCUAGUGGCAACAAGUCGGAAGUACAGAUUGUGAAGCAACUCCUCCAAAUGCUCACGAAGAAGCACAAUGGUUACGAGCUGCACGCGCGCGACAUCGGCGUCAUCUCGUUCUACAGUGCGCAGACGUCGGUGCUGACGGAAGCGUUGCGUGGGAGCGGCGUCAAGUGCGGCACAGUGGACUCAUUCCAGGGCACCGAACGGGAAGUGGUCAUAUUGUGCUGCACAAACGAGAAGCUCUCCGAGUUCAUGCAGCUCGCCAAUCGGUUGAAUGUGGCCAUGUCCAGGGCGCGGCAGGCCACUAUCAUCAUCGGAAAUGUGCACGGUCUGCGGAAGGCCAAGUAUUGGAAAACUAUUCUGAAUAAUGUCGAGAAGAAUAAUGGGAUUAUGGAUAUGGUGAGAGAAGUACUGUAGCUUGAUUAUAUUGUAUCCUUUAUGUUACAGAGCAAGUUCACCCGUCAAUCCGAGACUUCUAGAGUCAUUCAAGAAUGUCUGUUGAAGCACAAACAUCUGAAAGAAUAUCUGUGGAAGGGUAAACAUCUGAAACUUCCAAAGUCGUCAUUGAAAAAUUGAAACCGCGAAAGACAUGGUGGCAGCAUAGAAAAUAAGGAAAAGAAAAGGUAUACACCAGAUCUUUCAGGUUAGACCUAAUUUUUAAUUUUUCAGGCUUCUCCAGGCGGCAUUGUCUUCACACGAUCUAUCAACUCAGUUCAACUAUUGCAUUCUCUUUAA